CUACCGCGGUACUUGUUCAAAUUUUACAAUUAUUUUAUUUGCCUUUAUAAUUCGGCUGGACAAAUGCAUGUCUAGGGGAAAAUAACGAUCAUUAAAUAUUACUUUGGUGCUGAAACUCAGUAGAAUAUUAUUUUGCUUUCCCGACAAACCAUAUAACAUCUUUCUUCGAUGAUUGAUAGAGCUCUCAGAAUCAGACAAAAUGAUUAACUUUAUACAGAAUAUUGAUUGUUAUAUUUUGCGCCUUUCUUUGACCAGCCGCCAUCGUUGUCCACAUCGUCCGUAUGCAGGGCCCACAAGAGGUGACGAACCAUGUGCUCUGUCCGAGUACACCACCAAAUACCCAGCUCACCCGGUACAGCUGCGGGAGAGCUUCAAACCACAACAGGUGCCCAUGACCGGAGAGGGGCCCAUAGCUGAUAAAACUACACACAGGGUGGACUACGUUCCGUACAAGGUUGAGAAACCAUGGAAAAAGGGAUCGGAGGAAUACAAGAAACCCGAGGGGGACAUGGAGACCCUGACGUCUUAUAAACAAACCUACACAGGCAAAUAUGGCACUCCACCCAAAGCAAUCCGAAGGGACGCUACAAAAUCACUUCCUGCAAAGUUUGAAGGGGAACCAACAUACCGCAUUGAUUACAGAAAAUGGCCGAUGACGGGUCGUCCUGAUAAGUUCGGACAGGAGCCUGAUUGGCAACCGCCCACCCAGAGGUUUGAAGGUGUCAGCACAUUUACCGAUGAUUACAGACGCUACAACGAAAAGCCUCGACAGAGCAUGCGCCCCACCGAGGCUGCCAAGAUGUCCGAUGCGCCUAUCGAUGACCACACUAGCUAUCGAGAAUCAUACAUCCGUCAUCCUCUUCAGCCCAAGUGGGCCAAAGAAAAGGAGCAUUACAAACCCACAGGUGUCCCCUUUGACGGUCUGUCAACUUUCAGGAGAGACUACCGGGGACAAGUGGCACCCAGAAUGGAAAGCUGUAAACCCGAUGCACAAGCGUUCCAGUCCGACAAACCUUUGGAUAGCAUGACAACGUUCAGGAACGACUAUCGUAAAUGGCCAACUGAAAGGCCACAUCAGCAUCAGCCCGAUCAGUACGUCAAGCCCGAUGGAGACUUCGACAUGAACACCACACACAAGAUGCAGUUUCGUCAGUUCCCAAUCCAGCGCUCCUUGGCCAAGAAGCCCGACGACGCCAAGGUGCGCGGUGGACCGUUCGAUGGCACCACCAACUACAGACAAGACUACAAGAAAUGGGAAAUGGGCAAGAUCAACCGACCUGGCGCGAAGAAUGAUUAUGUCGCCAGUGGCGCGCCAUUUGAGGGUAUGUCUACACACACGGCUCAUUUCGUGCCCCACGCAAUCCCACCGGCUCGGUCUUGCAAGCCGGUCACCGGCGCCGUCCAGAGCGAUGCGCCAUUCGAGGAUGGCACGAUGUACCGCAUAGAUUACACCCCGAAGAGAAGCGAGCCAUGUCCCGCCGGUCUCCUGGAUACGAAUACAUCUCGGUACGUCUACAGGGAGACGGCCACUACCGGCCACAAGUUCUACCAACCUAUCAUAGAAACUGUUACCGAACUGCCACGGCCAGCAAACGACUCCACUCAAAGAAUAGCCGCUCUUUCUGUUGCAUAAGCUGGGAGAAAGCUUCAUUGACCAGUAGUCCGCUGAACUAAUAAAAUCAAUCUUUUAUAAUAUGGUUAAAUCUUGUAGAUAAAAAUAUUGUAAAGCAUUUUGAUGCUAAGUCAUAUACUCCUCCAUGUAUAUGACUUUUUGCUCUGGACAUCAUAAGUCCAUCUGAAUCAAGGUAUUUUUGACCUACUGCUGUCGUACCUUCAUCAAACUAUCUGUGAUAAUGGGUGGGUUUCCCUUCUAUAGUAGCCAGUGGAGAAAUCCCAACUUUGUAUACUUUAGUAUUUACACUUUCAGGAAAGGUUUGUCAGGGUUUUGGGAGCAAUAAACUACAAGAUCUUGCUAUCAGUUUCGUAUUGUGAUGAAUUUACAUCUGAAUCAGCAAUGUAUUUCGUAUCAAACAAGAUAGCUGGCAAUCUUGUAAGCAUUGUUGAUAUUGUUUCAUAAAUUUUUUCUGAAGGCUAUGCUUAUUAUUAUUUUUUUUGGUUACCGUUAGCAUAGAGUGACGCUUUUAUAUUAAACUUUUGUAGAUAACAAACCUGUUAUUUAUCAUUUAUACAUGUAUAUAUAUUGUUAUAAGCCAUAGGCAGCAAGUUCUUCGUUUUAGACGUGUCCUUUUUUCUGAACAUUCAAAAUUUGGACAUUU